GUCAGAGGGUCACAUAACCCCAGGCUGGCUUCACAUUUUCUAUGCAGAUGACAAUGGCUUUGAACUCCUGAUCCUCCAUGCGCAAGUGUUGGAAUAGUAGCACUUCCGCAAGACCCGGGGAGCUCCACCCUGUGGCUGUAAGUCCCAGUAUCCGUCUCCACCUGCUGCUGCUGCUGCUGCUGCUGCUGCUGCUGCUGCUGCUGCUGUGGCGCCUCCCAGGGGACAGGCAAGUUAGGUUCCUGCCUGCGAGCCUAGCAGAGCAUCGUUAACAGUGUUAGGGGCGGGCUCUCUUUGCGGUGGGUCUCAGGUUGGGCCUGUCAUUGGUUGGACAUUCCCUCGCUCGCUGUUCCCUCUUGAGCAUCUUGCCGGCGUGCUGAAUUUUGGAUCAAAGGUUUCGCCAAUGGGCUGUCGUUUCCUUCUGGCUGCGCGCCAGUUACGGUUUCCAUAACUUCUCCCAUUCCCUUCACGACCUCCCAAGCCCAAACCUCCCCAAGUUCUGGCUUUCUACGAUCAGAGGACAUUUGCGGAAGUGCCUAGAUUGCAGUCUACUUUCGCUCUAGGGUCUCGGUCUGUCAGCUGACACUCACUGGACAUCUGGUUCCCCCAAAGCUCUCGGUCACGGGAAGGUGGUUGCGGUGCCCUGACCCUGACGCAGAAGCCAGCCGGGCCCUAGGGCAGCAACUAACUGAUGCAGCUUGCGCAAGGGCUGGUGAAUUUAGAGUUUCAAAAACUGCGUUUCGACACUUGAUUUGAAAGUUUUAAACAGACUGCUUGUGAGAUCCAUAACCCUUCCACACACUGCAAGGGUGUUACAAAAUCCUAAACAGCCCACCUUAGCAGGCCUCAGGGGGUCCGGAACUGGUGAUAAUGAAUUCCUAGUUCCUUCUCCAUCCCGAAGAUACUCUAAAUUCAGCCUCCCCUGCCACCGUCAUCUUUCCACACCGAGAACCUCCAAGGGCUUUCUGAACUUCGGAGUUCAGAAGUUGUUCCGGUCUUUCGCUUUCCCGUCUCGCCCCCGGGAGGCCGGCGGCAGUUACGCAGACUCCCUGCAGCGCAUCGUUGACGAGCCCGCAGCGCUUUCUCUGCUAGCCUCGGGAAUCAGUCCCCGGGGCCUGGCGGCAGCGACCGCUGCACAGCUUUCCGCCUCCGGAGCAGGAAGAUCGGGGAGGACCUGGCGUGGCCCACGGAUCCUCUCACCGGGCCGGGAGAAUCCUGCAUCCUGGACGUCCCAAACCCGUCAGCUGACCCGGGUGCUUGAACUCGGAGCGAGACCUCCGUCCGCGGCCCCCGGCAGCGGCUGGUCGCCACUGCCCGCUGCCGGCAAGGAGAGGAGAGGGGCGUCUGAGAGAUGAUGUGGCUGUGGUUAGGGCUCCUGGGGAGAAAGCUGUUGUUCUGGGGCGCGGCGAGCGCGGUCUCCCUGGCCGGCGCCACUGUCCUGCUCAACGUACUGCAGAUGGUGGCGAGCUACGCGCGGAAAUGGCUGCAAAUGCGCCCCAUCCCCUCGGUGGCCCCCGCCUACCCCUUGGUGGGACACGCGCUGUUGAUGAAGCCCGAGGGCUCAGAUUUUUUUCAGCAGUUAAUUCAGUACACCGAAGAAUUCCGUCACCUGCCGCUCAUUAAACUUUGGAUUGGUCCGGUGCCCAUGGUGGCUCUUUAUAAGGCAGAGAAUGUGGAGGUAAUUUUGACCAGUUCAAAGCAAAUUGAUAAAUCAUAUGUGUACAAGUUCCUUCAACCAUGGCUGGGACUGGGACUUCUCACAAGCACUGGGAACAAAUGGCGCUCCAGGAGGAAGAUGUUAACGCCUACUUUCCAUUUCACCAUUCUGGAGGAUUUCCUAGAUGUCAUGAACGAGCAAGCAAACAUAUUGGUUACUAAGCUUGAAAGCCAUGUCAACCAAGAAGCUUUUAAUUGCUUUUUCCACAUCACUCUUUGUGCCUUGGAUAUAAUCUGUGAAACAGCUAUGGGGAAGAACAUUGGUGCUCAAAGCAAUGAUGACUCCGAGUACGUGCGUUCAGUGUACAGGAUGAGUGAUAUGAUUUAUAGAAGAAUGAAGAUGCCCUGGCUUUGGUUUGAUCUUUGGUACCUUAUGUUUAAAGAAGGACGGGAACACAGAAAGGGACUCAAGAGCCUACAUACUUUCACCAACAAUGUCAUUGCUGAACGGGUCAAUGAAAUGAAGGCAGAGGAAGACUGUGCCCGUGCUGGCAGGGGUCCUGUUCCCUCCAAAAACAAGCGCAAGGCUUUUCUUGACCUGCUUUUGAGUGUGACUGAUGAGGAAGGAAACAAAUUAAGCCGUGAAGACAUCCGAGAGGAAGUUGACACCUUCAUGUUUGAGGGUCAUGAUACAACUGCAGCUGCAAUAAACUGGUCCUUGUACCUAUUGGGUUCUUAUCCAGAAGUCCAGAGAAAAGUGGACAAGGAGCUGGAUGACGUGUUCGGACAGUCCCAUCGCCCAGUCACUUUGGAAGACCUGAAGAAGCUUAAAUAUCUGGAUUGUGUCAUUAAGGAGACUCUUCGCAUUUUCCCAUCGGUCCCUUUGUUUGCCCGGAGUCUUAGUGAAGACUGUGAAGUGUCCGGUUACAGAGUUGCAAAAGGCACAGAAGCAGUCAUCAUUCCUUAUGCGCUGCACCGAGAUCCCAGAUACUUCCCAGACCCGGAGGAAUUCCAGCCAGAGCGGUUCUUUCCCCAGAAUUCCCAAGGACGCCAUCCCUAUGCCUACGUGCCCUUUUCUGCUGGACCUAGAAACUGCAUUGGACAAAAGUUUGCUGUGAUGGAGGAGAAGACCAUUCUUGCCUGUAUCCUGAGGCACUUUUGGGUAGAAUCUAACCAGAAGAGAGAAGACCUUGGCCUGUGUGGAGAUUUGAUUCUUAGGCCAAAUAAUGGCAUCUGGAUCAAGCUGAAAAGCAGACAUGAAGAUGAUCCCUAUCUCCAUCCUUGAGCUGAGACUUUAUCAUGAUGAAGAUCAUUCUGUAAGAAACACUGUAUUUGCAAUUUUUAGACCACAAGUUAAAAAUUGCUGAAUCCUCAGACCUAAUGUUUUUUUGUUUUUUUUUUUCUUGUCCCCAACUGAUCAUGGGAUCCAACUAUCGCUGAAAGUUUUUGUGUGUUUAUUACCAGCAUAGAAGCCAUGUCACACCUUUUCUUUCUCUCAAGGGUACUGUUAGCUGGCUGAGUCAGCACCAAAAUAAACGUGCUAACAACAGUUAUACCAGAGGGAUCAUCAGCCUGUUCAAAUUCAUUUGUUAGACUCAAAAGACAUAAUUUAAAUGAAAUCCCGGAAUUAAGAAAAUAUUCUUGUUUACUUGGAAAUUCAUAUAUCUUUUGAAAGUGUUGGGCAGUUAGGCUCUUCAGCAAUAUGGGCUUAAGUUUUUACGAUGUCAUCAGUGCUAUCAGUUGACAUGAGUGAUUGCCAUAACACUUGCAGAUUUUAUCAUGAAAAGCAGGUCCCUUGCCUGCCUGACUCACGUUCCAGUAGCUUUGUUGACUGUGUGUGCUAGAGGCUUCUCUCACUUGGUGGACACAAUUGCCUUAUACAUCAUGUUAUUGGAAGAGGUUCCUCUCCACAAUGUCCAACUUCUCACAGAAGCUUAAUUAGUGGCUUUUGAAAUUCAAGUGGCCUCAGAAAUUCUCUGCAUGUGUGCCCUUCUGUUAAGAUUAGGGACAUGCAACAGAGGAGACAGUAAAUCUCUGCCCAAGUUCUGCCAUGGCUAGAAAUAACACUGAUGCUUCUCCGCUCCUUUUCUGAUGUACUUUCUCCUACAAUAUACUUUGAUGUUAUAAACUCAGAACAGUGGCUGGAUAGACUAGAACUCAGGAUUUCCGCCCUCAGUGUGGGCACAUCUUUCUCGUAAUUCCUCUCCUUUUGGAGGAAGACAGAGUCUGUCUUCUCUUUGUGUACUAUCACACUUGGUUCAGGACUACACAUCCAUUUAGCUCAGCUCUGUGGAACCUCCCUGGCAAGCUGACAGCUGAAUUGCAUCCCUUGCAUUUUUCACAUGGUAUAGAGCACUAUUCUUCCUCAUGCAGUGGCUUUUAGAAACUUCUUCUAAUAAAUGAUUUUUAACGGGA